AGGCAACACGCGCGGGCGUGGCGCGACGUGGUUUGCGUCGUGGCGUGAGCUUGCGCGCGCGCAGGGGCGAGAAGUCUCCUGCCGGGUCCGCCUAGGCGAGGGCUGGGCUAAGAUGGCGGCGCCCGUCCUCCUGCGAGUCUCGGUGCCGCGCUGGGAGCGGGUGGCCCGCUAUGCCGUGUGCCUGGCCGGCAUCGCCCUCUCGCUCUACGCCUGCCACCUGGAGCGUGAGAAGGGCCGCGACCUCCACUACCGGGCCCUCUGCGACCUUAGCGACCGCGUCCGCUGCUCCGCCGCCAUCGCCUCCAGAUGGGGUCGAGGUUUUGGCCUGCUGGGUUCCAUUUUUGGAAAAGACAGUGCAAUAAAUCAACCGAACAGCGUCUUCGGUCUUGUGUUCUAUGUUCUACAAAUGUUACUUGGUAUGACGGCAAGUGCGGUAGCGGCGCUAGUCCUCAUGAUGUCUUCCAUAGUGUCGGUAAUAGGAUCCUUGUACCUGGCCUACAUUCUGUACUUUGUCCUGAAGGAAUUCUGCAUUAUCUGCGUUGUCACGUACUUGCUGAACUUCAUUCUCUUUAUCAUCAACUACAAACGACUAGUUUACUUGAACGAAGCCUGGAAGCGGCAACUCCCGCCCAAACAGGAUUAACCCCACACCCCCCAUGAAAACUUUUUGACUGACAGUCUGAAGACCCGACUUCCGUUUCGAGUUUAUUUCACAGUAAAAGAAGGUUUUUGUUGUUGUUAUUUUUCUUCUCCAUAUCAGAUGCUUUACCCCAAGGAUCGUCACUGGUUUAAUGACAGUGAAUGGAAAAGAACCGGGCUCCGUGGUAACUUCUGUCCAAUGAAUUCAAGGUGGCACCGGUGGAAGUCCUAACCCAAUCAAAGACCAGCUUUAACUCUACGCUGAAGGAGUUCUUAGCUGCAGAUUCGUUGCACCCACCUAAUCUGUCCUCCUCCCCCAAUAUUUCAGGUUGGUAACACUUGCUAGGAAGCCCCUGCAUUCUAUGUGUCAAUUCAGUUUUGGGAGUCUUUAACAGAAGAUCAUGAUAACUUUAUUCUAGACUUUAGAGGUACCGUACGGAAAUGUUGCUGUUUACAUUAUGUGUAUUUGUAGCUAAGGGGGUUUCACUUAGAAGACUCACUGCAACAUUGUACAUAAGGCUCAGAAGCGCUGGGCAGCGUCCGUGUGAAACCAGAAGCUUAUCACGGCUCAAACCGGUUUUUGUUCAGAAGCUUAGCAACUUGAAGAACCUUCCAAUUCUCGUUGGGAUGUUUUAUUUUUUAAUGGAGGAUGAAAUGAGCCCAUCUCUCUGGAGAAAACUGUUGCAACGAGGGAGAAUUAGUUGAGAUUCCUUCUUCCUUCUUUUUCUUUGGACACGAAAAUGGAAUUUGAUGCGGCCAGUUGUGCAGGUCUUCAGACAGCGGCAGGACUUAAUACAGGUUCCUGUGCAACACGUGAGCUGUUUGUCGUGGCUGACGAAAGAUCUCCUGGGAGGACACUAAGAAGGGUUUGGCCUGGGGGAAUGGAGGGUCGUGGCAUUGGGAGAGCCAUCUUCUCAAAUAGGCAACCUGUAGAAAAGGGGGAGAGCCGACCUUGCGCUCCAAAUUGAUGUCAGGCGGCCAAACAGUAUUACUGGUUUGAGGUAUAUUUCAAGCUGCUGCGUAGAAUUACAACGUUACACUGGAUCCCAGUGACUUACUGGCAAACUGAUGCACUGAAGUCUUAUGCAAGCCGGAAUGCAAUGGAGGGCAAUGUCCAAGGGCACUUAGUUUCCCCUGGGCGGUUUCCCUUUGUUUCAACGAGGCUGGCGCAUAAAAUGAUUGUGACAAACUUUGUAGAGACCUAGUGGUCCCGGAUCCUUUUAUACAAAAUUGGGAGUGAAGUUUUGGGUGGAUAUUGAACUCUUCCCCUGCUCCUGAGAUGAGGGGUAGGAGGCGUAGGGAUUGUGUUAAAAGAAAAUGGGCAGGCGAAAUGAACAGGCUCUGUUGAAAGGGAUGGCUUAGGAUUCCGUAACGGUUCUUGUUGGAAACUGUACGUUCAAGCAAAAGAGCGCAUCACUGUGGGUUAUUUUCCUUCAUUCCAUGGCGUCCUGAAAUGCAGUGUUUCUUUUUCCUUUUUUAAAAAAGUGCCUUCUGUCCUUAAAAAAAGAAAGAAAGAAAAAAACCAAAUAUUGGGCCAAGGGUUUGGAGGGGUUUGAAAUUGGCAGGCAGAAGUGUUCGUGAGAUAUAUAUAAUAUAUAUGAAACAAACCUUUGCAGUAUGUAGAAAGUGUUUCUCUUCCCACAUAACCAAGCACCUCAGAUGGGUUCCUCCUGUGAUCACUUUGGCCAACCUCAUGGUUUGGACUAUGGUUGAUGAGAGUUGUAGUCCGAAAGCGCCCAGGGGAAGGCACUAGGCUGCUGUGAAGGCCUUCCAAGGACAUUCCUAUGAAGCCCGUUGGAGGAGGCAGGAAUGCCAGUUCAGUUCUCCGGCCACCCCCCAAAACUGGUCUUUUCGGCCAAGUCAAUGCUUGGUGCCCGCUGCUGACAAGUGCAGCAGUGUGAGCUCCGCAGUCCCUGCGACUGGCUUCUGCUCUUUGUGCCGGAGCGUCUCCUGGAGGGAGGAGGCUACCUGCCCUUCCUUCCCACACUACAUUACCUAAAUGUGGAGGCUUUGCCCGGCCAGUUUUGUUAGGAAGGCAGGAGCCCGCAAAUGGACCGUUUUGCAGGGCUCGAAAUCCAGGAAGGCAGGAGCAGCUUCCAGUCUUGACGCAGCCGCCAUACUCAAAAGAUCCCUUUUGGGAAGAGCUACUGUCUUUCCUACCCCCACCCCCACCCCGGGCAGCUUCCUGCAGUGGUGGAAAAUGAGGUUGCCACUUUGUUCUCGUAAAGGCAGCAAGAAGGCAGGUGUUUCUGGAGAGAGAGUGUGUGUGUGGUAGCGGUGCUAAGGAGGGUUUGGAAGGGCAGUCUCUGUGGGUGACUGUAGCCCCUGUUGGAACCACACAGCUGCUACAGUCACAUGGAGGCUUCUCAGGAUGGCUCCCGUACGAGUUAGCCUGUGGAAUUGAUAUAUUCACAACUAUGCUUCAUCUCCACUCCGCAGUUGCUUUGGGUGUGCGUGCCUGCGCACACUUGUGCAAAAGUAUUAAGGGUAGUGGGUUUAUUGAGCUCAGCGGCAUGUGAUCAGAGCACUGGCACCCGGCCUUGUUUCCUAGACAUCUCGCAGUGCCCAUCCUGGGUCGCACAGGACAGUGAAAUGUCUUGGGGCAGAUCUGAAUGUAUCUAACCAAUCCCAAGAGAAACAGAGAGGUCCCUGUUCUCCUAAGCGUGUGAUGCCAAAAGGAUAGCCUUGUGCUAUUCCCACCGCCCACUCCCAGUGCAGUGCAGGCUCUUUCCUGCCUUCAUAUCAGAGAGGGCUGAAAACGUUCUUCAAAGAACCUCUUUCUAGAAAAUUCCAUACAGUCUGUGUCUAAAUACUUCUCGUGCGUCUGUGUAAGAAGUCCUCGUUUUGAUGUACCGUUCUCCCUUUUAAACAACAACAGCACCACAACUAAGAUUAAGGUGUUAGAAUGAAAUCCUCUUGUGUCUUGUGAAAAACGCAGUGUGUUUUCAGUGGGAUCGGCAUCUGCCCCCGAUGGUCUUUUUUGACAGUAUUUUUAAAGCCUGCCAAAUGAACAGUCUGCUUCUCACAAGGGACCACAACCGAGCACAAGAGGGUGGCAGUGGAAGCCUGGUCAUAUGGUCAUAUGUAUUUGAGUAUAUGUGUGUCUGUGUAUAUAUAUAUGUAUAUAUUUAUGUAUAUAUAUACACAUAUAUGCAUACAUGCACUGUAUAAAAGAAAGAAACAACACUAAUAACUGCUUGUUGUCUUCGUCAGGGUGGGGAAAAGUUUCUCAAAAGACAUCUUGUGUUAACAAGAGUAAAACUGAAGCUUGUCUUGAAAUUUGUUGGCGGUAUAGGUUUUUUUUUUUUUUGCCCUUGCUCUGAAAGAUUUUUUUUUAAAAAAAAAUUCUUGUAAUGAUGAAAUGUAAGGGUUUAUUUAUUGAUUAUUGUUAUUUCUUAACAUAUCUGUGGGUGAGAGAAGGCUUUGCUUUCCUUGAACCUUCGGUCAAGGAGAAGAGUUCCAUUUGUACACGAUUUUAACCUCAGCCUUUGUGUUUCCUUCCCCGGCUUGUGUUCUCCCUGCAUCGCGGGACCAGCCUUUUCUUGCUUUCCGGGGCCAGCAAGCCUCAUUGCUCCCACACAAUUUGGCCUGCUCUGCCUGCUGACCUUGAAUUGCAAAAUCAAACCUUGAGUGUUGACUUCAUCCCUCCCCCUUCAUUUUGUCCCCGAUGGAGAGAAACCCUCCGUUUUGUUAAGUGUUCUUCACAGGCUCUGUGCAUCACAGAUGUUCCCAGCCUGGUUUGUCUUUACCGCUGCGUAACAGCCACCUGGGGCACCUGGCAGUUAAGUUGUAGCUGCAGAAGAGCCCAUCCAACUCCUCCCCCCCCCAUCCCAUCACCCGGGGGGACGACGACCCUUCUCCUUUGGGACCCCCCAAAAGCCCCAGCCAGCUCCCCCCAUAUGUGUUGUUGUGAUACCCAGAUAGGACCAGCCAUGCAAAAAAACAGCUUGGGUGCAGGAUGCAACAUGGUGGUGCCCCAUGCAACUUGCCCAUAUGAUUUUCUCUUGAGGUCAGCAGACUUCAUGGACCUAUGUAGGAGAGAGGACCCUUGCCCCCCCCCUUUUCAUGCACCUACCAAAAUCCUGUCUUUUUACAAAACCAUGCUUGGCCAGUUGCAUCUGGUUGUCCAAGCUGCCUCGUUUUAUGCCAGAGAGAAACAGAGAAAUGCUUCGUUUCUUUCAGUGAUUUAAAGGUUCAGGUUCGUAUUAUCCCUAUGUGCGGGGAAGCCAGACUUUCUGGAGCCCAACCUCAUUCUCCUCCCUCACCUGUCAUUCCAACCCAACCCCUGAAAACUGUGGCCAAACGGCCUCAAAAAUCGAGUGUGGCAUGUCCAAGUCAUCCUGCAGACAGGGAGCAGGCAGCUUUUUGCUUAGUGGAGGAUGGGAGACAGGAAGCCCUUGUGGGUUGGAGAAACCCAUUUUUGUAUUACACAUGGGACCCUUCACAGUAGAAUAAGGGGGAGCUGUUGCGUCCAGGAGCUUGUUGGGGUAAUUUUGAAUGAAGGCGUAUUAUUUGAGGCAGGCAACAAUCCAGCUUCCACUCACCCCUUCAAGGUUUUGAUCCAGAUGGAUGAACUGACGUGUUCAUGUUCCUUUUGUGCCGCCUUCGCCAACCUCGUCUGGAGGGAGCUGGUGAGAGAUGGGGGGGGAGGGGUUUCCAAAACAUCUAGAGAGCAUGAGGUUGGCAAAGGGCGAUUGGCGAACGAUGGGAGAAAUCUGUAGCCUGGGGUGGGUGGGUGUUUCUAUAAAGGUCCGCUGCUUAUGGAAAUAUUGUUAGCACACCCCAGAAUCAGAACAUCUUUUGAAAGGGGUUUUCUUGCUGCUCGGUGUGGUCUCUGGUCCAAAAUGAAAGCUAGGAUUUCAGCCAGCAGCUCCUGGCCUACCUGGAUUUAAAAAUAAAAUAAGAUACUUUGGCCUUUGUUCUGCCAACGCUAUUGAAACACACCCUCGCAAAACUAAGGAAGCUGAAGUAUUCCGUUACUUUUUUUAAAAUUAAAAAAAACCUGUAUUAAGCAUGGACUAAAUAUUCAAUGUGUGUUCUGUCUCGUAUGUUUUGAUCUGACAAUUAUUUCUUUUUCAUGUGUUUCGAACUCGCCACCCGUGUCUAAACUGGAGUCGUUCCGUUUUUCUGUUCAACCUAAGACUGCGACAUUCUAAGGUCUGGGGUCCACUUUUUGCUAAUGCGAAAUUAAAACAGAAACCAUGUAAAUAAUGUAAGAAUGUUUUAUUUGUUGCACAUAACUUUUUUGGUAUAAAAAAACAAAAAUAAAUGUAGAAAUUAUCUGUGGAUGUCUUUGCAGUGUUGUUUCAUAAUCCGCGCUGCUGUUUCAUGCCCUCGCCAGCAAAGCCCCCAAUACCUUGAUGUUUAAGUCGCAGAGAGCUAUUAGUCCCUCAGAGUUUUGUGUGGGACUUUUAAGUUUAGAGAAAAGGCGAGUAAGAGUCCGUAUUACAGUGCAUAAAGUUAUGGGGAGAAGUUUUUCUCCCUCACAUAUGAUGCUAGCACUCAAUAGGGUCAUCCAAUAAAGCUGAAUGUUGAAAGAUUCAGGACA